GCCUCCUUGAUGGUUAGCAAGUCCCCCCUUGUGUAAGUGAGUCGUGUAAUGUCUCCAAAGACGAACGAAAAACACAAAAGCAAAAACAAUACUGGUUCCAGCUACUCCCCACACUCGACACGGGAAAGGAUUCGAGAGCUGAGUCCGGGUUGACAGGGUGCUGGGAGUGAGUAGGCUUGCAGGGAGCGUGGACAAAGCACCAGGCUGGCAAAAGAUCAAAAACAAGUCAGGUUGGGAAUUGAAAAAGAUGUAAUUGGAGAUGGGAUACAGCUGUUAACUCCAAUGCAACACACAUACACACACUAGGGGGUGCUGAGACAGACCUGACACUAGGGGGUGCUGAGACAGACCUGACACUCAGGUGCAUGAGCUGAGGCCAGUAUGUUGCAUAAUUGAACCCGAAAAAACAAUCCCCUUUUGUUUACGCAAGAGUCCAGGAGUACAAAAUCCUUCAUUGCUUUAACAACCAAGUCACAUUUAAGGACUGAUUAAAGGAAGUGCAUGUGUCUUCUCGAAGCUGCCACACAGUCAAGACAAGAUGGAGAAACUCUUGGUUGUCAUGGUGAUGCUUGCAUCAUGUUGCGCAGAAACCAGAGAUCUUUCUGGCAAAGUCUUUGUCUUCCCAAGGGAGACUUCCAAAGAUCACGUCAAACUGAUGACCCCUAAAACAUCAUUCAGUGCAGUGACAGUCUGUCUCAGAUUCCUCACAGAUCUCACCAGGAACUAUGUUCUCUUCUCUCUGGCCACGCCAGCCACCAGCAAUGAAUUUGUGCUCUUCAAGUUGAACACGGAGGACGUGAUCAGUAUACAGGCACGGAACAGCGGCACGCACUUCCUGUCUCUGUCUUUUCCUCCCAACUCCUGGCACACCCUGUGCUCCACCUGGAACUCUGUAAACGGCAUCGCCCAAGUGUGGGUGGACGGCAAACCCACCAUCAAGAGAUUUAUCCACUCGGGGCAGCCCAUCAGUGGCAAGCCCAUCACCAUCCUGGGCCAAGAGCAGGACACUUAUGGGGGAGGCUUUGACGCCGCUCAGUCCUUCAUCGGCAUGAUCUCUCGACUUCACAUGUGGGACUACGUCCUCUCGCCUAAUGAGAUCCAACGCUAUGAGGAGGACUCAAACUUCAACCCUGGGAAUGUGUUCAACUGGAAAGCCCUCGACUUUGAAAUCACUGGCAACAUUUUGGUGGAAGAUGAAGUCAUGUAGAAGCAGGCAAUAAUCGCAUCCCCCUAGGGCUAAAGCAGUGGUUCUCAAACCUCAACUAAAUAUAUAAUAUAAAUAUAUAUAUAUAAUAAAGUUUUAUUUGGCGUUAAUCGAAGACACUUUAAAUCGUGGCAGUUGUGUGCUGACACCCAUUUAACAUUGAAUGUGAUUGGUUAAUUCUGAACACAGCCAUCCCCAGUUAUAAGAGAGUGUGCACACUUGUGCAACCACAUCAUCUCAGUUGUUUUACUUCCCCUUUCUAAAUAUGUAAUGUUUUUAAAUUGAGGUGAACAGGUUAUAGGUCACCUUAAAGGUUGAUUAUUAUUAUUAUUUUUAAAAUGAUUUAUCUUAGUCUAAUUUUUUAAAUAUCCCAAAAUCCUGGCAUUUGAAUGGGGUGUGUAGACUUUUUAGAUCCACUGUAUGUCACAAUUAUAUCAGAAUUUUUAAUUGGCGCAAAGCUAAGGCUUGUGAACCCCAGUUUGAGAAUCACUGCUCUAACGAAAACCAGAUGAUUAAAAAAUACGGCCUCGCUCAAUAAAAUGAACACUAAACAACUUAGUUAACAUCUUUUACCGCUGCCCACGAGAUCCCCCAAUGCAGGACACCGUGCAUGGACUCAUCGGGAGCAUGCCCAGGCCUUGUAGGGCGUGCAUACAGGAGGCGAUCCACUCCUGCAUGAGUCAUAUGUGUUGAUGUGUCCUGAUGAAAGCAAAUUGUGAUCGCAUUUUUCACAGUAUUGACUCAGAAUGCAUAAAAGAUCCUGGUUUCUACUGAUCGUUCUUACUCUACUUUGUGAUCAAUAAAUGAUUUCAAUUGGUGUAUUUCACUCAUGGA